AUGCUAACCGCUGUCUGCGGCUCUCUGGGCAGCCAGCACACGGACGCGCCUCACGCCUCCCCGCCGCGCCUCGACCUGCAGCCUCUCCAAACAUACCAGGGCCACACGAGCCCGGAGGCUGGGGACUACCCCUCCCCGCUGCAGCCUGGAGAGCUGCAGAGCCUCCCGCUGGGCCCAGAGGUGGAUUUCUCACAGGGCUAUGAGCUGCCGGGGGCCUCCUCUCGGGUAACCUGCGAGGACCUGGAAAGCGACAGUCCCUUGGCCCCGGGACCCUUUUCCAAGCUCCUACAGCCGGACAUGUCACACCAUUAUGAGUCAUGGUUCCGGCCGACUCACCCAGGCACGGAGGAUGGCUCGUGGUGGGACCUUCAUCCGGGCACCAGCUGGAUGGACCUCCCCCACACUCAGGGCGCGCUGACCUCGCCUGGCCACCCCGGGGCGCUUCAGGCUGGCUUGGGGGGCUACGUCGGAGACCACCAGCUUUGUGCCCCGCCGCCCCACCCACACCCGCACCACCUCCUCCCCGCCGCCGGAGGGCAGCACCUCCUGGGGCCGCCCGACGGGGCUAAGGCCUUGGAAGCGGCCGCCCCGGAGUCCCAGGGUCUGGAUUCCAGUCUGGACGGAGCAGCCCGGCCCAAAGGCUCCCGACGGUCAGUGCCCCGCAGCUCGGGCCAGACCGUGUGCCGCUGCCCCAACUGCCUGGAGGCGGAGCGACUGGGGGCUCCGUGCGGGCCCGACGGGGGCAAGAAGAAGCAUUUGCACAAUUGCCACAUCCCAGGUUGUGGGAAAGCCUACGCCAAGACGUCGCACCUGAAGGCGCACCUCCGCUGGCACAGCGGCGACCGUCCCUUCGUGUGCAACUGGCUCUUCUGCGGCAAGCGCUUCACGCGCUCCGACGAGCUGCAGCGCCACCUCCAGACCCACACGGGCACCAAGAAGUUCCCCUGUGCGGUCUGCAGCCGCGUCUUCAUGCGCAGCGACCACCUGGCCAAACACAUGAAAACCCACGAGGGCGCCAAAGAGGAGGCUGCCGGGGCGGCCACGGGCGAGAGCAAGGCCAGCGGAGCGGUGGAGCCCCCCGGGGGCAAAGGCAAGCGGGAGGCGGAGGGCGGCGCGGCUCCCUCCAACUGA